GCCCUGACUCAUAAUCUUUGUAACGUGGGGACAGGCUGCAUCUCUCUCCCUCGCACACCCGCCCGCCUGCGCCACGUGUAAGGAGCCUGACAGACAGAGCUGCGCGCUGGCGCGAGCAGUUGAAAGAUCAGGAACAGCAGGGACACGCGACCCACCCGCCCCCAUCAGCUGCCCCGUGAAGCGUGACGGCCGGAGUGCGCAUGUGCGCCACGCUGGACUUGCCUCCCGAACCGGAAGUGCCCCGUUCCGACCAAGUCGCAGUUUAUCCUGGAGACUGUUGCCAAGGAGCGAACGCCGCGUCGCUGGGCAACAACCGAGCGCGGAUUGUUCCGGGGGCCCUGAGGCGGCUGGGCUGAGCCCCGCGCCCCGGCAGCGGCCAUGGCCACGGCCUCCAUGCUCCCCGCGCGCAACCAGGAGGCGGUGGCGGCAGCAGCCAGCGGCACCUACAGCUACUGCAGCCGCCCCCGGACCCUGCCCGCCCGGCGGAGAUACCGGGGCGCCCCGGGACACAGCGAGCAAGAGGAAGAACCUGUUCGCUAUGCGAACCUCAUGUAUGAUAGGAGAGUGGUACGAGGAAACACUUAUGCCCUUCAUGCAUUACCUUGGACUGCUCAGCCUGACCCUCUUGAGAUCCAGAGACAGCGAGAGGCUCACAGGAAAGCACUUGCCAGAAAACGAGCAAAAGAGCAGCUUCACUCAAGAACUCCAGAACCUGUAGAGGGAAGAAAGCAUGUUGAUGUGCAGACAGAGUUGUAUCUGGAAGAGCUUGGUGACCGCAUAAUAGAGGUUGAUGUGGAGUGUCAAACAGAUGCUUUUCUGGACAGACCACCUACUCCACUCUUCAUCCCAGCCAAAACAGGGAGAGAUGUGGCCACACAGAUAGAAGAAGGAGAGCUGUUUGACUUUGAGAUUGAAGUCAAACCAAUGCUAGAAGUUUUGAUUGGAAAAAUCAUUGAACAAGCUUUGCUAGAAGUCAUGGAAGAAGAGGAGCUGGCCAAUCUGCGGGCACAUCAGUAUGCAUAUGAGGAAUUACGCAAUGCCGAGCUUGCUGAAGUACAACGCCUUGAGGAGCAGGAGAGGCGACACAGAGAGGAAAAGGAACGUCGCAAAAAUCAACAGUCACAAUUGCUUCAAAAGCAUAAGGAGACUUCAGAGAAAAUUGCAGCAAGGGCAUUUGCUCAGCGUUACCUGGCUGAUCUCAUUCCUUCAGUCUUCAGUAGUCUUCGUGAGAGUGGAUAUUUCUAUGAUCCUGUAGAAAGAGAUGUUGAGAAAGAAUUUCUUCCAUGGGUGAUGGCAGAAGUAGAUCAGACAUUGGAGAAGAAGAUUCUGGGAAGGACAAUGCUUGACACACUGAUUCGUGAGGUGGUUAAUAAGAGGUUAGAUGCAUUUGAUCAGCCAGAAGCAUCUAGCCAGCCUGCUGGGCAAACAGAAACAUCUCAUCAAGGCUCUAUUCAGACAGAAGCAUUACAUCAAACAGAAACUCAGGAGCGUGAAGCUAAGUGAAGACUAAACCAAACAUCUAGUAAUCAGGGGGCUUAGCUGUAGCUAAGAAGAUUGCUCUUGAUCAUUUGUGAAAAGAAGAUUCAAUUUGUUUAGGAAAUCGUCCCAAGAAGGGAGCAAUAAACUGAAGAUUUUUAUUUUUGCAAAUUUUUAACAGGCUUUAUGCUUUAUUUCAUAUCAAAUUUACUUAAAGAAAGAGUGGCUGCAUGAUUAUAUGUGUAAAUAGUGUUUAGUAUUAAUCCUUUUCACACUUGGAUUACUAUACAAAGAGUUUCAGAGUAACAGCCGUGUUAGUCUGUAUUCGCAAAAAGAAAAGGAGUACUUGUGGCACCUUAGAGACUAACCAAUUUAUUUGAGCAUAAGCUUUCGUGAGCUACAGCUCACUUCAUCGGAUGCAUAAAGUGGAAAGUACAGUGAGGAGAUUUUAUAUAUACACACAGACCAUGAAAAAAUAUACAUUGUAUAUACAAAGAGUUAAUGAAUUCACUAUAUGCAUUGCAGUAAUAUAGGAAUAUUGGCUUAAGAAGGUUCUAUAGUACCCUUUUUGUUAAGAAAUCCAAAUCAAGUAUCCAUUGCAGAUACAUUACAUUUUAUCCUUGAAGUCCAUUCUGCAUUUGCUCUGUUACUUAAUAAAAUCCUGGAGUGUGUACAUGCAUAUGAGGAAAAUAAAGCAAGUUCACUCAACUCUAAAAAGAUGUAUUGCCAACUUCAGUUGAAAUGAAUGGCAUUUUUAAAAAAGAAAUGUAACUGAGCGUGCUUGUUUAUGGUGUUGCAAAACUAACAAAUUAUCAGUAAAGUUAGCCUCAGAUGUUUCUCUUCCCAACUGUGCUUGGCUUUUUCCCCUUUAAUGAGGGUUGAAAAUAAUUUUGGAAAGUUACUAAAAAAUUGCAAUCCACCCAUUUUUCCUAGAAGGUCAGUUAUAUGAUACAGUGACAUUUCUGCUUAAUUAGUAUUUGUGAAUACAGUGCAAGCUUGUAAUCAUAUUUAUACUUUUCAGAUUGUAUUAGUGAAAAAAAAGUCAUGAUGAUAAUAUAUUGCAAAAAUUCUCCCACGAUAAAACUUCCACAGUGCAAUAUAACAGGAGUGUCCAUUCUCUUUGAUCCUGAAGUAUGAGCGAUAAGUGUUCUGUUAUCAACGGCUAAUAGUUCAGUUAGUGCCCAAUGUUUAAGAUAAACCAGAUUCCAUCCUAUUUAAAUGCAGUACUAGUUUAAAGAUAACCACAGAAUGAAUCCUAUGAAAGUUCACAUAAUGAAAAAAAUCUCAAUACUUGUAUAUGCUAUAUUUAAAGUAAAAAAAAAAAAAAAUUAUAGCAUCCAUUUCUGAUUCUCUUCUUUUGAGUGGCUGUAAUGUGGAAGAGGAACAUAAUUUGUCCAGGCAGCCAGCCAGCCAGCUUUCCCUGUUUGAAUGAGAAUGUUCUAAGUUAACACUUAACACUGACAUUUAUGUAAAAACUUGCUUUCCACAAACACGUGUCAAUAAAAUAUCAUUGAACUUUAAUACAACAGAUGCAUGAUUAUGACUGAAAUAAAUUCAUCUGAACGUUUAAAUGAAUAGGAUUUUAACACUAUUUUCCCAGAUCGACUGACCACACACUUUCUGGACUUCAUGAUCUAUAUUAUGCAUCUUCAAUUGACUGAUUAGGCAUUAGACAAAUUGUACUACAUUUCCUUUCCUCUGCCCCAAACAUAAAAUAACCAAUAAUCUUGGAAAUAUGCAGAAGGGGACAGUUAAGAAGUAGCCUGGUGUAUUUGGGUGGAGUAGUUUGGUAAAGGCCAUUCUGGAAGGUUGGCCUACCUGGGUGGGAAAAGAGUUACAGUUUGCUUGUAGUAUAUGAUGUACAAUAGUUGUGGUAGUGAUAGGUGGAGAAGAAGAUAUAUGCUGUUAGGCGACUUAACUUGUAAUUUUCUUGGGUUUGUGUCAGGCAUAGUAGAUGUGGGGCAACCUUAACUAAUGCACAACAGAGAUUUUGUGUAUGAAUAUACUGUAGAUUAGGCUGGUAGCAUCACAUAUUACUAAGGUUGUCCGACACUUCCCAUUCUAAGACCCUGUUUUCAGUUGCUUAUAUCUUUGCCAGACUUGAACUGUUCAGGCUGAAAUUCUACAUGUCAUGUCUGCCUCAGGCUCCCUUUUUUUUUUUUUUUUUUUUUUUUAAAUUUUCAGCCAAAACGGUUCAGCUACGUCUGAGAAUGAGGCUACUGAAAUAGAUAUGGUUUUGCCCAUAUUAAAAAUGGUGACAACUUUUUAUUUUAGAAACUCUGGUAUCCCCAUACUUUGAAGCAAGGCCUUGAAAUUUGGCAGGGGGUGGCCUUUGUGUCAGGGAUGGAUCUUUCUCUGUUCCUGUGAAAGUCUGUUCCUAUGAAAGUCUGCCCAAAUUUGGCCAAGUUAUAAGCCUAUGAAAAACAGCAGUUUGCACAUGCUCAGGAAUGAGCUACAGCUUGGCAACUAAAAACACCAAAGAUUUGGUCAUCACUGAGCAUGAUACAGCCCAGAGCUGAGCUGAACUUUCCCUGCAAUUGCAGCCCUAGGCUGGAUCCAGGCACUGGAAUUGAGAGCACAGAUUCUCUCUCUACUGUGUUCUCCCUGCUGGGCCCAAGCAACACAGUGAAGGAAGCUGCCUGAUUUGAGCACAGAAGACAAAACAGCCAGACCUGGGGUUGUCGGGAGAAUAGAUUGGGACAAGGAGUCCUGAAGAGGGGAAAAAGAUGAUAAAGUCAUAUCAUGUGAUGAUGAUAUCACCCUUUUUCAUUCCAUUUCCAUCUCACGAGGAUGUUAAAUAGUAGCUACUAGAGUCAGACAUUUUUAAAUCAGCAGGUCCAUAUAACUUGCAUCCAAGAGUUUUAAAAGAGCUGGCUAAGGAGCUCACUGGACCAUUAAUGUUGAUUUUCAAUGAAUCUUGGGACACUGUGGAAGUUCCAGAAGACUAUAGGAAAGCUAAUGGUGUGCCAGUAUUUAAAAGGGGUGAAUGGAAUCACCUGGGUAAUUAUAGCCCCGUCAGUCUGACAUUGCUCCUGGCAAGAUAACGAAGUGGCUGAUACAGCACCUGAUUAAUAUAGAAUUAAAGGAGGGAAAUAUAAUUAAUGCAAACCAAUGUGGGUUAGUGGCAAAUAGAUUCUAUCAAAUUAACUUAAUAUCUUUAUUUGAUGAGAUUGCAAGUUUGGUUAUAAAGGUAAUAGUGUUGAUAUAAUACACUUGGCCUUCUGUAAGGCCUUUGACUUGGUAUCACAUGACAUCUUGAUUAAAAAACUAGAACGAUAUAAAAUUAACAUGGCACACAUU